AUGUCUCGGUCUCUUUUCACCCAGCUGUCUGUCUUAGGGUCACCUGACCACAGCCGGAAAAAGCGGAAGAAAAAAGGCAAGAAAUCCAAGACCAAAGAGAAGAAGAAAAAGAAGGAAGAGGAGAAUUUUGCAGAGAUGUAUGAACAGGAGCUUCGAGAUUAUCGAUCGGAAGAGUCCCACGAAACUGAAGAUGAAUAUAACAAGAAAAAAGUCUACGAAGUCGUGACGGUGACGGGCGAUGUCCGAGGAGCAGGGACGGACGCCAAGAUCUUCGUCACUCUCUUUGGAGAAUUUGGCAUCACCCCAAAGGCCCACCUGACUAGCAAGAGUGAGAGUGCAUUUGAGAGGAGCAAAACAGAUGUCUUCCGAGUGAGAACCAACAACGUUGGAACGAUAAGGAAGAUAAGAAUUGAGCAUGACAACACGAGUAUGAAUCCCAGCUGGUUUUUAGAUCGUGUGAUCGUCACCGACAUGAACAGGCCGCACCUCCGUUUUUAUUUCCCGUGCAACAACUGGCUCAGCAAGGAUGACGGCGACGGGCUGAACGUGAGAGAUCUGCUUGGCACCCUUAAUCCAAUGGACGUUCCUAAAGGAAAUAAAUAUAUUGUCAGAGUAUACACAGCUGAUAUAAAUGGCAGCGGAACAGAUGCUGAUGUUUUCAUUAAUAUCUUUGGCCAGUAUGGAGACACAGGAGAGAGGAAGCUGGACAACGAUAACGAUAAUUUUGAGAGAGGGCAAGAAGACAAGUUCACCCUGGAUGCUCCUAACAUGGGACGGCUCCGGAAGAUCAACAUCGGCCACAAUAACAAGGGGGGCUCUGCGGGUUGGUUCCUGGACAGGGUCCUCAUCGAAGACAUCGGCAACAAAGCCAAUUAUGAGUUCCCGUGUCACCGUUGGCUCGCGCUGGACGAAGACGACGGCAAAAUUCAGCGGGAUAUCCUUGUGGGAGGAGCGGAGGCCACAGGUAUGGUUUAUAAUGUUGCCGUUUCGACGGGGGACGUCAGAGGGGCCGGGACCAACUCCAAGAUCCACAUGGUCAUGCAUGGCUCCAAAGGGUUGAAAAACAGUGGGAAGGUUUUCCUGGAGGGAGGCGAGUUUGAACGGGCCAGGACGGACCUCUUCAACAUCGAGAUCGCCGCUCUUCUCAGUCCCUUGAGCCGCGUCUCCAUUGGACACGAUAACGCCGGUAUCAGCUGUGGCUGGUAUUGUGAGAAGGUGACGGUGUAUUGCCCAUUUACUGGCAUUGAGCAGACGUUUCCUUGCGGGAAGUGGCUAGAUGAAGAUGAAGGUGAUGGGCUGGUGGAACGGGAGCUCUACGAAAUGCUCUCCAUGCGCCAGAAGAGAUUGAAAAAAAAUCCUUGGUCGCUGUGGAUCUGGACAAGCGACAUGAGGGGGGCAGGGACAGAUGCCCCCAUCUUCCUCCAGAUUUUUGGAGACAAAGGGAAGUCGGACGAAAUGAAGCUGGACAACAACUCCGAUAACUUUGAAGCGGGACAAACGGACAAGUUCAUGAUCGAGCUCCCAGAUCUGGGCACCUUUUACAAGAUCCGAAUAUGGCAUGAGAAGCGGACCCCGUUUUCUGGCUGGCAUCUGCAAAAGGUAACCCUCUUGAAAACGUUGACCAAAGAGAAGUACACCUUUAAGUGCAAUCGCUGGCUGGACUCCAACGAAGACGACAGGGAGAUUGUGAGGGAACUCCCAGCCGAGGGACCGCUCGUGAAGGAGGUCAUGCCAGUGAUAAAGUACCGAGUGACUGUGCAGACCGGGUCGGUGAGCGGAAGCGGGACAGACGCCAAAGUCUUUACUUGUCUCAUCGGCGACCAAGGAGAUACCGGGGACCGGAUGCUUAUCAACAGCGUGAACACUACCAAUAAAUUUGAGAAGGGCAGUAUCGACGAGUUCAUCAUUGAAGCGGUCGACCUGAAGCAGGUGAGAAGGGUGAGGAUAGGGCAUGACGGCAGAGGAGGAAGCAGUGGCUGGUACCUUGGCAAAGUGAUAGUGAGGCAAGAUGGACAGCCAGAGAGUGAGGCUGUGGACUUCCCCUGCUACAGAUGGUUUGACAAAAACGAGGACGAUGGCCUGAUUAUUCGGGAGUUAGUGCCGGAGGGGAAAUCGUAUAUUCUGGAAAAUGUCGGUUACCACAUCAGCAUAAAGACUGGAGAUGUCCCUGGAGCCAGCUCGGAUUCCAAGGUUUUGAUCAAGAUGUAUGGAGAAAAAGGAGACACUAAAAAAGAGUUUCUCUUGGUUUCCGAUAAUGACUUGGAAGAUUACUUUGAACGUGGCCGGAUCGAUAUCUUUACUCUAGACACAAGGGACAUUGGAAAGAUCAAACGGCUCCUGAUCGGGCAUGACAACGUUGGGCUCCAGGCUGGCUGGCAUCUUGGCAGUGUUCAGGUUAACAUUCCAGUCCACGGCCUGCAGUACAAUUUCCCUUGCAACCGGUGGCUUGACAAAAAUGAAGCCGACGGGAAGGUGGAGAUAGAGGUCUACCCGAGCGAGAUCAUACCGAUCGAAAUACUGAUAAAUUAUGAGGUGGUUGUAGUGACUGGCGACGUGCGGAAUGCAGGCACCAAUGCCAACAUCUUCAUGCAGAUGUAUGGGGAACUCGGGAAAACGGAGGUGCUGAUUUUGCAGAACAGGUCAAACAACUACGAGAGGGGAGCAACAGAGCUCUUCAAGAUAGAGGCAGCCGACGUUGGCAAGAUCUACAAGAUCCGGAUUGGCCACGAUGGGAGUGGCAUUGGGGAUGGCUGGUACUUGGAAACAGUCAGCAUUAAGAAGUUUGCCACCAAGGAAGAGAAGAAGAAAAAGAAGAAGAAAAAGAAGUCUGGCGACGAGGAGGAAAAUGAGCUGCCCUCGAUGGAAGGCACCAUUGAGACUUACGAGUUUGCAGCCCACCGCUGGCUGGCCAGCGAUGAAGAAGACCGGGAACUGGUGGUGGAGCUGAUGCCGGAGGAGGGAUCGGAACUGGAGGCAAACGUCUAUGAAGUCCAUGUCAUCACCGGGUCUGUGACGGGUGCGGGGACAGACGCAAAUGUUUACGUGGCCAUCUACGGGGAAAGGGGAGACACCGGGGAACGUCACCUGAAGCGCUCAGACCACAUGAACAAGUUUGAGAAGGAUCAGGUGGAUAUAUUCACUGUCAAAGCCGUCGACCUUGGAGAGCUAAAGAAGUUACGUAUCCGACAUGACAACUCUGGAAGCAAUCCAGCUUGGUUCCUGGAGAGAGUCGAGAUUAUCGACACCAAGGAAGAAACCACAUGUUAUUUCCCAUGUCAGAGAUGGUUGGCUGUGGAAGAGGACGACGGGCAGGUAGCGCGAGAACUGGUGCCGGUGGCCGAAGCGUUUGUGAAGAAGGAUCCAAACAGUUCCAGUUCUGCAGCGACGCUUGGCCUGGAGCAGAAAGCUCAGUCCACUACAUACACCGUGACUGUGAAAACGGGGGACAAGAAGCAUGGUGGGACAGACUCCAACGUCUUCAUUGUGCUUUAUGGAACCAAAGAUGAUACAGGAACAAUCUACUUGAUGGCCUCCAAGACGAACAAGAACAAAUUUGAACGAGGGAAGACUGACAUAUUCACAGUGGAGUGUGUGGACCUUGGAGACUUGAAGAAAAUAAAGAUCGGCCAUGACAACUCAGGUAAAGCUUCCGGUUGGUUUCUGGAGUGGGUCGAAGUGGAUGGCCAUUGCCUGGGUCUGUGCCUUGUGUUCCCAUGUGGCCGUUGGCUGGAUAAAACAGAAGACGACGGCUCUAUCGAAAGGGUCCUCUUCCCUGCAGAGCUUCAGUCAAGGACCUAUGUCCCAUUUGUUCCCUACGAGGUUACUGUUUACACGAGUGACGUUUUUGGAGCUGGCACCGACGCGGAUGUUUUCAUUAUCCUGUACGGAGCUGAUGGGGUUUGCACUCGACAGAAAUCCUUAUGCCAAAACAAAAGGGAGCGAAGGAUGUACUUUGAGAGGAAGUCGGUGAAUCAGUUCAUCAUUGAGCUGGAGGACAUCGGAGACAUUACUGAAAAGAUUCGCAUAGGGCAUGAUGGUGCGGGAAUCAAUCCGGGGUGGCAUCUGCAUAAAGUGGAGGUGCGCAGGCUUCUACCCAAUGGAAAGGGUUCCGAGAAAACCACCUUUCCGUGCGACAAAUGGCUAGCAAAAUCCGAAGAGGAUGGAGAGAUCAUGAGGGAACUGGUCCCGUCCCACAUCUUUACCGAGAAACUCCUGAAGGAUGGGACGCUUAAGCAGAUCCAUGAAGAAAUUGAAGAUGCCCUGGAAAUUUGUUCAUACAAUAUUGUUGUUUACACGGGAGAUAUUUUUGGUUGCGGAACGGAUGCCAACGUGUUCUUGACCAUAUACGGAGAUCUGGGAGAUACAGGGGAGAGAAAACUGAGCAAAUCUGCCACUAACAUGAAUAAGUUUGAAAGAGCACAGGAAGACAUAUUCCGAAUGCAGGCGGUGGACCUUGGCAUGGUGUACAAAAUCCUGAUUCGCCACGACAACAGCAUGCCGCGACCUGACUGGUACCUGGACAAAAUAGAGGUUGUGAACGAGAACACCGACGACUACUUUUUGUUUAUGUGCGAGCGCUGGCUGUCGAAGAAGAAGGAGGACGGCAAGAUCGAGCGGAUCCUUUACGAAAAAAGCUACGAUCGUAACCAGAAAAGCAUUGGUGACUCAUCCCUCAGUAAGGACGACAAUGCAAAUGUGAAAGACAAGACGUCUGAUGGCGUGGCUGGAUCUCCUGCGCAAGGAGCAAUAAUUCCUUACCAUGUAAUCAUCACCACCGGUAGCGAGGUGGGCUCCGACACCGACAGCCGAGUUUACAUUAUCAUUAUGGGUCCUGGGAAGCUUCGGACCCACCGCCUAUGGCUGGAUCUCCCGGACGGCCAGACAGAAUUUGCAGACGCAUCAGUGGAGAAAUUCUCUGUUUUGGGGUUGGAUGUGGAAGAAGUCAAGAAAGUGGAGGUAGGCCAUGACGGGGCGACGCCAGAAAGCUCCUGGCUCCUGGACGAGAUGACAAUCAUCGUGCCGACCAAAGGCGUCAUGUAUACCUUUGUCUGUAAAUGCUGGCUGGCUAGGGACAUGGGAGAUGGACUUACCUCACGAGUCUACAACAUCCUGGAUGCCGAUUGUGUGUUCAUUGGCCUGAAGAUUCUCUACGAAGUGACCGUUGUGACCGGAGAUCUCCCAGGUGCCGGUACAGAUGCCAGUAUUUUCAUCAUGCUCUUUGGAUGCAACGGGUGUACUGAAGAGAUGCAGCUAGAAAAAGAUGGAGAUAGAUUUGAAGUUGGCCAAACGGAUAUUUUCAUCAUGGAGAUUCCGGAUAUUGCACCAUUAAGGAAGAUGAGGAUACGGACAGAUGGGGAAGGAUGCCGUCCUGAUUGGUUUCUAGAACAGGUAAUCAUGAAAAACCUGACGACCCAAGAGGUAACCACUUUUACGUACAAUGAAUGGCUGUCCACAGAGCUGGGCGAGAACCGUACUUUGGAAUGGGAGAUGCCGGCGGUGAUUAAUGGGGAGCAGAUGAUGCAGUAUACCACGUAUACCGUUCAGGUGAAAACCAGUGAUACAAAAGGUGCUGGAACAGAUGCCAAUCUGUUCUUAAGUAUCUUUGGGGAGAGCGGAGACACGGGGACCCUGCCUCUGAAGAAGUCCAAUCAGUCCAACAAGUUUGAGAGGGACCAGAUGGACGUUUUCAAUUUCUCCGAUAUCCUAAGUCUCGGGGACCUCUGCAAGGUGCGCGUCUGGCACGACAACAAAGGAUUCGGGCCCGGCUGGCAUCUGGAAUACAUCGAGGUCGAAGACUCCCUCAUGGACAAGUCGUUCCGUUUCCAGUGUGACCGCUGGCUGGCAAAGGACGAAGAUGACGGGCAGACCAUCCGAGAGCUGGCUUGCGCCAACAAUGACAUCCUGGAACUGAAGGAGCGCACCACAUAUGAAGUCUUGACAAUUACUAGUGAUCUGGAGGAUGCAGAAACCAAGGACAGCAUCUGGAUUAUUCUGGAGGGCAAGAAGGGCCGUUCCAAAGAGUUCCUGUUGGAGAACUCAACCAAGAAAAGGAGAUUUUUAAGAGGAGCCAAAGAUGAAUUCCAGUUUCCUUCAAAGAACGUUGGCGACGUUGCAGCCAUCUGCGUUGGUCACUGCCCAAGAGAUGGAAAGAAAUCAAAAUCGAGCACCAAAACAGAGGUCUACUGGCACGUCAAAGAGAUUAUCAUCACAGAGACUGAACUUUGCAACCAGUAUUUCUUCAAGUGCAACGCAAAAAUCCCACUCCGCAGCAAGAGGGGCGACUACAAAGUCUUCGAGUGUGCCAAGGUGAUCGAGAGCUUUGCCAGCAAAGCUCGGAGUCUGGUGCCAGUCAAAUACGAGGUCAUUGUGGUGACGGGGUUUGAGAAGGGAGCCGGUACAGACGCCAACGUCUUCAUCAACAUCUUUGGAGCGAACGGGGACUCGGGCAAGCGGGCCCUGAAGCAGAAAAACCACAAUCUCUUUGAGCGAGGGAAAGAUAACCGGUUUUACCUUGAAAUCCUUGAACUCGGGGAGCUGAGAAAAGUUCGGAUAGAGCAUGACAAUACUGGCAUAUCCUCCGGGUGGCUGGUGGAACGGGUCGAGAUCACAAACUCAGCUACCGGUGUGACCACGAACUUCCCCUGUGGGAAGUGGCUGGAUGAGAACAGAGGGGACGGGUUGAUGUGGCGGGAGAUAUUCCCACGGAACUAA